AUGUCCGACGCGCACUUAAACAGACUCCACUUAAUCCAAACGAGCCAUAAUUUAUCUCUCCAGAUCUCGUUCACGACAUACGCUAUCUUAGCAUUAACUUUCAAGACUUUCAAUCAUGCUCUCAUUCUCAAAUCCACCUUUACCUCAAUCCUCUCAAUAAAAUAUUCGCACUCAACUCAUGACACACAACGGGACAAUUACGACUAUAGUACUAUCGUCUUCUACGCGGACUGGGUGAAGUCGCAAAAUGGCGAACAGCCAAAUGCAGUUGCUAUUGGAAACGUCUUUACCAGUCACAUUCAGACCGGUACGGGAAAUUCGCCGGACGAUCUUUAA